AUGGCGUCCGCUGCUGCUUCUUCGAUCUCUAACUGCGCCGUCGCUUCCGCCGUGUGCGGCGGAGAGCAACGUCGCUCCCUCCGCGCGUCGCCCCGCGCUUCCCUGCGCCUUUCCGCGCCACUCCGCGCGACUCCCCUCCCCUGCGCGCCUUCCAAAUGCCGCCCGCUCCGCGCGCCGCUUCCGUCGCGGCGACCGGCAGUGCGCGCCGCUGCGGCUCCGGCGGCGGUGGCGGAUGGUGGGCUUCUGACGCGCGUGGCCGUUGCGACGUAUUCCGCGCUCGUGCCGGCCGGGACGGCCGCUAGCAUGGGCCUCACGGAGCUUACGGUGGUGCUGGCCCUCAGAGAGACCAUCCUCGCGCUCGCCACUGCCGCCAUCUUCUUCAAUGCGGCCAAGAUUUGCCGCUUCGUCAACUACGUGUGGGGCACGCUGAUCAUGCGCGACGACGAGGUGACGGAGGAGGAGUUUCAGGACAGCAUGUUCGGUGCGCUCGUGGGGCCGCUGCAGUUCGUGCUCAUCGCCUUCUUCCUCACGCACCACCUGCGCGUGCUGGUGCCGCUGCUGAAGCUGCCAGUGACAGCAGCAAUGGUGGCGAAGGCGCGGUUGGUGGCAUGGGUGGCGGCUGCUACGUGGUUCGCGACGGGGUGGAAGGACCGAGUCUUGAAGCUCGUGGCUGCUGCUCACCCCGAGGAUAAGCCCGUGCUGGUGAAUGUGAGCAAGCUGCUGACGAUGCUGCUGCGGGUGGCGGCGGUGGGAACGCUGGCAGAAAUGUUGGGCUUCAGUCUUAAGUCGCUCAUCGCUGUGGGAGGAAUUUCCGGUGUGGCGCUCGGAUUCGCCUCCAAGGAGAUAGUGACCAACUUCUUCGGCGGGCUCAUCCUGUUCCUAACGCAGCCGUUUGUGGUGGGCGACAAGAUCAAGGCGGGCAGCGUGACGGGGCGCGUGCGCGAGAUCGGCUUCCUGCAGACCAAGCUGGAGGCCGACGACAACUCGCCCAUCGUCGUGCCCAACUACAUCUUCAACACCGCCAUUGUGACCAACUACACGCGUGCAGGGUGCCUCGCUCUCGAGGCCACCUUUGUGCUGCGCAACGAGGACAUCAUCCGCAUCCGCCCCAUCACCGAAAAGCUCACCGCCUACCUGCGCGCGCACCCGCUCGUGGACGUCAGCAAGGGCCCCACGCUCGGCUACCUCAAGAAGCUGUCGGGCACGGGCCUGGAGGUCGGCAUCAUUUGCUACGUGCAGGACAUGGGGGACAUGGGGCUGGAGGUGGGCGUCAUUGCCUACGUGCAGGACAUGGUGCGUGCUGCCAUGCAAGGGGAGCGGGAGCAGGAUGCAGCAGGAGAUUCUGGAGCAGAGUGCGGAGAUCAUCGGCUGGGUGUCCCCAAGCUUGCCCUCUUGUUCAACCCUUCUAAAACCUCUCCCUCCCUCCUAACCCCCUCUCCACCGCUCUUCACCACUCUUCACCCAUGUGUGCAGGAGGACGAUGAGUACCUGGCGGUGCAGCAGGAGAUUCUGGAGCAGACCCUCCGCCUCCCUCGUCGCCUAGAAAACGAAGCUGGCUGGGGCAGUAGGUCCGGGCAACAAUGCUGCAGGCAAGACUUGCUGCAGGCAAACGCUGAGUUUUGCAACAAGGGGGUUUGUUUUGUCCCACUCACCCUCCACCACCGCUUCUCCCACCGCCCAAUCACUCCCACCAUCACCUCCGCCACUUCUCAACCAUUCCACAUCCAAGAGUAG